AGAUACGCAAAUCGGUGCUACACAUUUUACUUUCUUUCAGCUUCUCCACUUCCGCAUCCGUUCCACUGCUGCGUUGACGUCGUUUAGUUUGGCCAAAAGAAAAGUGAUGAGGUGAGUAUAAGAGGCUCAUUUCAAUCUACAUGGCAGACCUCUUAGCACAUAUCUCUUGCACAAAGCAAACAAUUGCCUAAAGAAACAAUGACGGGACAAAAGCCCGUCACCAUUGUCGCCAUUGGCACCCUCGACACUAAGCUCGUCGAGUAUCUGUAUCUCCGAUCGCAGAUCCUUGAAGCCGAUCCCUCCAUCAACGUAAUCUUGAUUGACGCGGGCCGCGCCGCAAUCCAGCACGAGGCCAUCACCGUCUCUCAGCCCGAGGUACUGAAAGCCAGCAGCGCCAGCGAUGGUUCGCUGGAAUCGCUGCCCCGCGGGGAGGUCGUGGCGACCAUGAUCGACGGCGCGAAGCGUGUCAUUGGAGACUUGGUCAACGAGGGCAAAGUGCACGGCGUGAUCGCGCUCGGUGGCAGCGGCGGGACGAGCAUUGCGGCGGCGACUAUGCGAGAGCUGCCAUUGACGCUACCGAAGCUGAUCGUCUCGACGGUUGCAUCGGGGGAUACCAGUUCAUAUGUCGCCGAGUCGGAUAUCACCAUGAUGUACAGCGUGGUAGAUAUUGCGGGCCUGAACGACGUGUUGAGGGCCGUUAUUACGAAUGCUGCUGUGGCCAUAGCAGGCAUGGCACGAGGCUAUGCCGUGAGGUGCGCAACGCCAACAGGAAGCGAGGUGAGGAAGAAAUGCGUUGCUGUCACCAUGUUUGGCGUUACUACUCCCGCGGUCACCGUUGCUCGGCAACGGUUAGAGGAGAUGGGAUUUGAGGUCUAUGUUUUCCACGCCACUGGCGCUGGUGGUCGGUCAAUGGAACGCCUCCUUCGCGAGGGUCGAUUAGACGGCGUCCUCGACCUCACGACGACAGAGCUCGCAGACGAAUUAGUAGGUGGGGUGAUGAGCGCAAACGAAGAACGUCUUACAAUAGCUGCUAAGACUGGCGUUCCUCAAAUUGUGAGUGUUGGGGCCCUCGACAUGGUGAACUUUGGGCCGAAGGAUACGGUGCCGGAGAAGUUUCGCGAUAGAAAAUUCUUUGAGCAUAAUCCCUCCGUGACGCUCAUGCGCACUACUUCCAAUGAGUGUAGGGAACUUGGGAAGAGAAUCGCGAGCAGACUGCGGGCGAAUUGUGUUGAUGCUAGCGCGAUUGAAGUCUGGUUGCCACUUAAGGGGAUUUCGGCUAUUGCAGUUCAAGGACAGGCAUUUUACGAUAAUGAGGCGGAUGGAGCUUUAUUCGAUGCUAUUAAGGCCGGACUCGAUGGGAGCGGUAUCGCUGUCAAGGAGGUCGAUGCCGAUAUCAAUGAUCCGAAAUGGGCUGAGAGUAUAGCUCGCAGGUUGGUAGAGCUUGUUAACAGCAAGAGCAAGGGCUGAAGUAUUAUAAGGUAACUAAUGAACUAACGAACUCAUUUUCUCAACUGAUGCAUGAAGGCAAUUAAUCAAGUUUAUUAUUUU